AUGAAUCUGAGUAGGAUCUAUCUUUUGUGUCCCUCCUACUUGAGUGGUGAAAGCAUUAUUCUUUUGCGACACUUCUUUGGCGACCUUUACGUGCGACCUUGUGCCUUCGUCUUCACCGUUGGUUUUUUCGUCUCCUCCAACUUUAUUCUUCGUGACACCACUGUGCGUUUGGGCAAAUCUCAAACGCCAGUGGGUUGGACCUCCCAGAUGGUUCUUGUGACGGUCUACUGUCUUCUGCUCCAACUAUACUGUGAAUUUUUUAUGAAUCCUCGUGAAUGGCACAUGAUUCGAGGAACGACGAUGUUACUGGUGAUGAAGGCCAUUUCUGUAGCCGCAUCGAGAGGCCCAGACCAACAGACACUCGAAAUGGGUUUCCUGCGGCACUAUUUGGCCUGGUGUGGCUACGCUUUCUCACCGGGCAGUGUAAUUUUUGGACCGUGGUUCGGUUUCGACAGCUAUCUACAUGCUAUCCGCUUAAUCGGUCCUUCUUCUGGCAAUCCUUUUUGGAAAGAUCUCCUUCGUACUGCAGUCUCUUUUGCAAUUGCUAUUGGAUGCAUCAUCUACUCGACAUAUUUGUCUUCCAUUAUCUAUGCAAGUUAUUACCUCAGUUUUCGAUGGACAAAUGCCUAUGCUCAAUCACAAAGUUUUCGAUUCAGUCAUUACUUUGUCAGUUUCUUCAGCCAAUCCCUCCAUCAGGCUAUCGGCUUUGCGGCCCUCACUCAUCCUAACUCAGGUCAAAAUUACGUGACCUCGAUGGUGACUAACCCAGUAUCGAUUGAGUUGCCGCGAUCUCUGGUGGAUGUGGUCAUUCACUGGAACUUUCCUAUGCAUUUCUGGCUUAAGCAAUACAUUUACAAGCCCACACGGCGCUUUGGUCACCUACAGGCUCUACUCCUUACGUAUGCAUUCAGUUCAUUGUUGCAUGGUCUAAACUUUCAAUUGGCAGCUGUUCUCUUCUCCAUCGGAAUUUAUGCCUAUAUUGAUUUCAUAUUCAGGGAGAGACUGUCAACGAAAGUGAGCGCGUGCAUCGGGGCACGUGCAUGUCCUGAAACCUGCAAUCACCGAAACAGGACGAAUCGCUGGUGGGUUCGCGGUGUGAAUCUCCUCUUCAGCUGUCUGGCCAUCUUCCACCUAGCCUACCUGGCUGUGAUGUUCGAUACGAGUGAACAGCAGGAUAAGGUGUGGGUGUGUGGUUACAACAUGUUCCACGUGUUGGACAAAUGGUCGAAUCUCAACUUCCUCAGUCACAUCAUUGCCAGUCUGACGUAUCUCCUCUGUUUUUUCAUUUGA